ACCACCUCUAAACGCGUAAGUCAUAAAAAAUAGGUGUUCCACGUUUUUCUACUAUAGUAAAAAUUUGUGAUUGUAUACUGUCAACGAAUUUUUCAGAUAAAUUGAGUACACAAAAAUUUUUUUUAGUCUGAAAACACAAGCUUUUGUUUAUUAACUUUUUCGUCAAACGUUUAUGGAACGAAAAAUUUUCUUAGUGUUGUACAAUUUUAUGUAAUAAUGAGCCAAAGGUCUAAUUCUAAAAGUCAUAGAGACAUUCCUGACCUUAUGAGUACUUCAAUUCCUCGUGGUAAUUUUUCGACAGGUCGGAAUAAUUACAACGCACUUUCGUAUCGCAGUGGAAAACCACGUUCAAUUCCUGUCCCAUUAAUGACACAAGACACCGGAUAUGCUCGUAAUUCUCGAUUUGCUCCUUACACAGGCUCCGGACGUUUUCAACAUGGAUUUGAGUGUCGAGUUCCGAUACAGCAGCCUAAAAAUCGCAAUCAAACAGAAUACGGGUCUCGAGAAAAUAGGUUACGAUCUGAUAUGUAUAGACUUUCUUACAGCGAGGCUCUGAAAGCCACAUCUUCGAAUACUGAGAUUGCAGAUGAAGCCAGUGAGUCUGUGACUUUACAAAUUAGCAACUUGGAUCCCACAAUUGAAGAGCAUAAUAUUCGCCACUAUCUUUUGUCACAAUUGAAGCCGAUUACACCGGUCAUGUCACUCAUUAUGGAGACGCCCAGCACUGCAAAAGUCAAAGUUCCAUCAAAUGAGUUUGCUAAACAGGUUGUAACGCAUUUACAUCGAAAAAAAGUCGGACACAAGAGAAUUCUCGUAUCGUACUUAAAAGACCCUUCUUCUGCCGAAACUUCAGCACUGAAAUGCCAAAUUACGGGAUUACUGAAAGAUGUACCAAACAAUACUUUACAAGUUUAUAAGUUUCGGGAGCUGUUUCAAUCACGUUUUAAGACAUCUAUUAGCAUAUUAGAUUUGUAUCGCAUGCAGGAUGUAUGCAUAAUAUCUCAUGAUAAAAAUGACGAACGAUUUAUCAGUUUGCACCCAGAUUUAGUUCAUGCUGUCCCCAAUAAUCCUUUGAUUGAUUCGUCACAACACAGUGUUCCCUACUGCGUUUAUCACUUCAAACAAGAAAAAGAUAAAGGCUGGGCUGAAUUGGAAAUUGAACCUCUUCCAAACAUUAUGCUAUCAAUCUCUCAAAUUGAAUCUUUGAUGUAUUCGCUACUCAAGGUUCACAAAGAUGACAUACCAGUGGCUUCUCUAAUGCACUGCAUUGAAGCAGAAUUGAAAAUCAAGUUAGAUGCCAAUGAAAAUGGUGUACCCCUUGAAUGCUUGAUUACUUGUGCUCGUGGCGUUCAAAUAACAAAUAAUAGUUUCGGUAUCAAGAUUGUUAGUUGGAUGGAGCAAGAAACUCUUGCAUGUGAUGCAUCUGAAACAUCCUCAGUUAAUGGACCGAUAACUGGACGAUUUACUGGAAAAAUUACUGCAGAUCCACUUUGCCAGAUAUCCAGAGAGGUUAUUGAACUUGUAAAAAUGUCACCAAAGGCAAUUAUGAAAUUCAAUCGAUUUAUUCCGGCUUACCAUAAUCACUUUGGAAAACAAUGCCGCGUUGCUGAUUACGGAUAUACACGAUUAAUCGACCUAUUUGAAGCCCUAUCAAAUACUGUCCAAAUAAUUGGAGAUGGUGAAAAUCGAUGUAUCGCUCUUACUCAUCGUACACAAAUUCGUCGUUUUACAAGUGACCUUCUUAAAAUACUGCGAUCACAACCCACUAAAUCGAUUUAUUUGUCACACCUCCCGGAGAUUUUCUCCAUAUCACAAAAUCACGCUUUUGACAUUACGGAUUAUGGCGUCUGCGAUGUAAAAGACAUGUUGGAUGGACUCGUUAAUAACAACUCUAUAGUUAUUGAGCCGAUCAACAAUGGAACGGAUGUUCUAAUAUCGAUAACUAAACGUCAACAAACACCAAUCGAAUUGGAAAAGACGAGUAUAUUUGCCGGAGAAGUUGUAGAACUCUUCCGAAACGCCGCUCAAUAUUCAAUUCCAUUCAAGAAGUUUGUUCGAUCAUAUCAUUACCAUUUUGGAUACCAGUGUCGUUUAAGUGAUUAUGGUUUUACGAAACUUGCUGAGUUGUUGGAGGCUAUAAGCGGUGUCGUCAAAAUGGAGAAUGGAUCCAAUGACGAAGAUCGUAAAAUUUUUCUAUGUCAAGAUGUCGCAUUGCGAGUUUUCUCGGAACAGCUGCAAGACUUGAUAAAACAUUUCACCGGGAAAUGCACGACUUUGGUAAAGUUACAUGACAUUUUGCAAAUGCACAAAAAUAAGUUUGGAUACCAAAUGAAUGCACAAACUCUAGGGUACGAAAAUAUUGCAGAAGCUUGCCAACACGUACCCUUUGUUGAGGUCUUUGAAAAAGAUGGAGAAGAUUACAUCAUUUGCCAUUUAGAUGACACUCAUUUUCGUCAACGUGCGUAUGCAGCAGCCAUUAUUUUAAAUGAAACUGGCAGUGACAAAAUGACAAUGAAGAGCUUUGUGCAGGCUUAUGCUCAGCGUUUUAAUGAAAUACUAACGGAGAAGGGAGUAUUUGACAUGAGACAUGCAGUAAAAAUCACGUUCAUCAAUGGAGUAAAAAUGGUUUGUACAACAUCCUUGAUGAAAUUACUGAUUCGAAUCGGAUUGUUGUUGGAACGUGAAACAUAUUUAAAUAUAUGUGAAAUCAAAGCAGCACUCGAUCUGUCGCUGUCUAACUGUUUCGAAAUGGGAUAUCCAAAUCUCUCUGCUCUGAUUCAAGCACAUUUAGACAUAUUUUCAUCUCCGAGCGGCAAUAACAUUCACGAAAGAAGUGAUAUUCGUUUACAUCCUGAUUCCAUUUUGACACAGAAAGGUCUUCAUAAAUUUAUUGAACAGUGUAAACAAUAUUUGGGGAAUACUAGCAAACGUUCAUUCGGAAUAGAGCAUUUACAACCCAAAGCAUUACCUUAUGCGGGAAAUCAACAUCGCCAGACACCUGGAGCUAAGCCUCGAAAUAUCGCAUGUGCAGAACAAGCAUUUGUUUCUGCCCCUUCACGUUCCACGACACCUCGUAGUACUUUUUUUCCGGAUAAUCAGCGUUAUGCUCUUGCUGGUGGUUUCAAACCGAAUAAUUGUUUAAAAUACACCAUGCCAUAUGAUCGUCAAAAUAUGGAAAACUUCCAAUUAGAUAUGAAUAACAACAAUCCUAUUGGGCGUGAUUGGAAUACACCACCAGUUCGUCCUCCUCCAGGAUAUUUACCUAAACAAAAUAGUGGCUCAACACACCAAGCAAUGCUUCCUCCACAUGAAAGACGCCAUAACUUAGAUAAUACUAUGUCCAAUUUUUCCGACAUGUUUGGCUUAAAUUCACUGAAAAAUGGAUUUGAAAGUAUUCAAAGUUAUUACUACGAGCCCCCAAAGCCAGACACACCUCCAACUAGAAACAUAGCAUUUACAUAUGAUCCUAUUUGGAGUAAUAAUGUAAAUGGAAUUUUUGAGGGAGAUCAAAGUCUUAAUACUGGAAACAAUAUGCAUUCACUGAACAUUCACUUGCCUGAGCUUAAAACAUUGAAUAUAAUGCCAGUGAUGUCUUCACCUUGCGGUCAUACGAACACUCCUACACCUUCUGCAACUAAUGUAGUUGACAAAAACAACAACAUAAAAUGAUCAGCUUGCAGUGCAGAGUAUCAACGUUGAUUAUUGUUCAUUGAUUGAUCUAAUUUUAUUUCUCAAAACAAAAUAAUGAAAAAUUUUUAUAUUUCAUAACUACCUUUUUUCUAGUAAGUACAAUAUCAAUUUAAAAAAAAUGGAAGUUUAAGAAAUUUUGUGUAAGUCGUUAAAAUCAUAACGCAGUGUUAUAAUUGCUAAUUCAUUGUAAAUUUUAAUAAAUCUCGCAUUACUUUUGUGCAUGCA